AUGUUUCUUUUUGUCAUACAUUUAUUCUUUCUUUUUCCCCUUGUUUACUCAUUCUGUAAUUACAUUUUCCUUUCUUUCUUUCUUUCUUUCUUUCUUUCUUUCUUUCUUUCUUUCUUUAGCCAUACAUUUUGUUUCAUUCUAUCAUUAUCCUUCUUUCUUUCUUUUUUCUUUCAAGUUUCCUCUGGCUUCAUCCCGACCGGGCGUGGAUCGCCAUCUUUCGGGUCCCUGGCCGCUCGCUACGCCAGAGUCGGCCGAGUCGUACUCGGAGAAAAAAUUACCGACCCGGGGGUGAUGCGCCCGCGCGCAGUGCCUAAACUCGACGACCAAAAUCUUUCCCCCCGCCACAAGCGCCCGAGCCCCUGCGUCAUCUCCCGGCGACGGGAAAAUCGUGGAGGAACCGAUACGGGACGGACGGAAGAAAGGAUGGAACGAACGACGGACGAAAACGGCAAGCGCCGGCGGAAUCGGGCACGGCUAGGGCAGGCGGAAGGAAGCGAAAACUCCCCGCCGGAACCGCUUUCGCCGCGACACCUCUCCCAGUACCGGUGCCCUCCCCACGCGCUCUCUCGCUUUCGCUGCGCCUUCGGGGUUCUUCAGGCCCCUACGACUCGCGAACGGCCAGGACUCCUCGGUCCGUGUUUCAAGACGGGUCGGGUGGGUUGCCGAUGCACGUCGCGGACCCGAGGUGACGGGCGGCACAAUUUUUGCGUCCGGACGCGGAGAAGACGACGCGACGAGACGACGUCGCGCGCCGGCACGGGAAUCGACGCGGCCGCGCCGGUUUCGAAGCUCCCGCGAACACUGUACCGCGCGCCCCCGAGACGGUGGGGCGCCGAGGGCGCGCGAAGCGCCGCGCGGAUCGUCCGACGAGAAGAAACCGGUUCGCCACGUGUAACGGAUCGCGUUUACGUUUCCUCCGUCCCCAGCAGACGGGGGCAGUACGCUCGCGGGCCCGACAGAAGACGCCUCCGCCCCCGACAAGCAGGUGGGGUGGAGUUUAGAGUGCGCCCUCCGCCUACGAACACCGCGCGUCGACCUGCACGCCGGGAACGGGUCGCGACGACGGACCGGAGGGGAAGUGCGUCCGGUGCCGGCCGUGCGGAAUGUGAGCGUCGCGCCGAAGCGCCCGCGCCAUAUGAUGCCGAGCGAUGGAAAGGUGCGGGUGAUCGCGAGGAAUGGAGAAGAGGAGUCACGACGGCAGCGACGGCGGCAGCAGCGACGCUAAUCGCCGCCACAGCGGCGGCAGCGGCGACAGCGGCGACCGCCGCGCUCUCCUCGUUCCCCGCGGCCCGUCUCUCCCGUCGGCGACGCGAGCGCAAAAGCAGAAUCCGGAGGGCGUCGAGGUCGAGUUGCCGGCGGCAGAGCUGCCGACAAAAACUGCGUUCCCCGCCGGUGACCCCAGAACGACGUCCGCGCCGGCCUGAGAUGGGCGCCGCCGCCCGAGCGAAAACCCGGGCAACAACCAAAUCGAGUUUGGGCCACGUUCGGCAGCACCGGACUGAGUCCCCCGCGAUCGCGGUGAGCGGUCCCACCCGUUUACCCUGGGCGGUUUCACGCCCUCUUGAACUCUCUAUUCAGAGUUCUUUUCAACUUUCCCUCACGGUACUUGUUUACUAUCGGUCUCAUGGUUAUAUUUAG